GAUGGUGUCCUACAUGAGUCCUUAAAGUCAUUUACAUUCAAGAAGUACAAGUAUCUGUAUGCAUCAUCCUGCCCUUGGUGUUUGUCGUGGUGGGAAUAAAGUGAUGACUUCCAGCUAGUAUUGUCUGCCUUAUAGUAAAAAGUGAGAAGUCCUCAAGUAGUCCCUAGUUCUCAUGAGAGUAUUAACCAAGGUUUUAGUGUGAAAACAGAUUACCAUGAGAUUACCAUGGUUAACAGCAAUGUGGAAGGGUUUCAUAUUUUACAACUGAAGAUGUGAUGAUUUGACAUACAGAAUGAAACUCCUGAAUUCAGGGUGAUUACUGGUUCCACAGUGCUUGAGAAUCAGAAGGCCUAUUGGGUAUCUUUGUAAACAGGAUCUGCUUUGGGUCUGUGUGGCAUCAAGGCAAUGUGUGGCUCCCCAGAACAUGGGGUCUGGAGGCUGCCCUAUUGUUCUUUGGGUCUUUGAAGUGUGUUACACUGGAUUUUUCUGGUCUGAAAACUUUCUGAGAAACUCACCUGAUGCCUCUCUUCAUGCCCUCUGAUGCAAUCCAGGUACAUAAUUGCCAAAAGUUCAUGGAGAGGUUUAUUGACAAAGCCCAUGGACCAAAUGUAACUAAUAGAAUUUAUGCCCUUGAGUCUUUGUACCCAUGGACUUGGAGGAAAUACUUGCACCUGGGGUGAAGAGGAUGAUUCACAAACAUGUUUUCCUUCUUGUGUUUUUCAUCAGGACAGAAGCCCUGAGCUGCAGAGCCUCAGGGUAGAAAGGGUUCCAGAUUCCCACAUGGACGAAUGGACAGAUGGUAGAAAGAAAUCAGAUUGAGCAGUAUUAAAAUGGCUUGAUGCGAGGAAUCACACACACACACACACACACACACAUGCUAUUUGUAUGCACAUGCAUGACCCUUCAAGUUCCACUAUGGUUGUGUCCUAGGGUUUUCACAGACUUUGAAGAUGUUCCCUUUGAAUUUUCUGUUGCUCUUUUUGCAAUUGUGUCUCCUUGUGACUUGUCAUGAUGAUCAGAACUGCUUUUUCCAGAUGGAACGGAGUUAUUACAAGGAUGGAGAUAUUGAGAUCGCUGCUUUUUUCCCCAUUUAUAUAUACCUUGUGGACAGAAUGAUUAAUAUUUUCAAAAACCAUGUCACAUUCAAGGGGACUAGAAGAGGAUGUUCCUAAUUACAUGUGUAGGAAAUGGAGCAAGUCUGUAGCUGUAAUAUCAGGAACAAGCAUUGCUGUCCAAGUAGGGACACUGCUGGAACUCUACAAAAUUCCACAGUUGCACCCAUUUCUCAAGAACCUCCAAUUUACCAAUCCUGUGGGUGACCUAGUGAAUUUGAAUCACAUGACGAAUUUGGAAGCUGAAUACGACAUUCUCAACUUUUGGAAUUUUCCAUAUGAUGUUGGACGUAAGGUUAAAGUAGGACAGUUUUCCCCUUAUGCCUCACAGAGCCAGAAGUUGUCUCUCUCUGAGAAUUUGAUAGAAUGGGCCACAGGAAUUACAGAGACUCCACAUUCAGUAUGCAGUGAGACUUGCAGCCCUGGAUUCAGGAAAGCCCCUCUGGAGGGGAAGCCUACCUGUUGUUUUGAUUGCACACCUUGUCCUGAGAAUGAGAUUUCCAAUCAGACAGGUAAGUCAGUGCCAGCCUCAUGGAGAAAUUAAAACCUGUUUCUUAAAAUAUUCCUCUUCUCCAUGGAAAGAAAAGGAUGUGGAGUAUGACUGCUGAGAAGAUUCUUUUCACCUUCUGGUAGAAGUUAAACCUUAUAUUCAGUAAUAACCCUUAAAAUGAUAAAAGUUUGCACACUAUACUUUACUGCAUGUAGUAUUUGCAAAAUCAUUUUGGUAAAUUCACAUCUAUGUUCCUUGUACAUAAAUAGAUAAAAUGCUUUCACCUAAUUCAAGCAUAGCAUGCUUGGAGUGAGAAAGCACAACUCUCAUCAGACUGUGUGUAAUUUGAAAAACUGUAUUAGAAAUUAUACAGUAUAUCAUGCUGAGGAUAAUACUCAUCAGAUAUCAUAAACGAGCUAACCUUAGCCUUGAGCAAAAUCAUUGCAUAUCAAAAUAUAAAUCUUCAGGAACAUUCAUAUGCUUACACUCAUACACACUCAUGAGUAAAAUUUAUUUUGAAAGAAUACAGGCUGACAUCCAUGGUAAAAAGUAUGCAUAUCAAGGUACGUCAAUGACAGCAAAUUCAACACAAGCGCUUGAAGAUUGGUUGUGGACAUUAUGAGGAAACUGAAGUAAAUAAAAAUUGGAAGAUCUUACAGUUGGUGAUCAUAAAACAAGCAAAAUUUAUGAACCUCAGCCAGUUG